AUGGCGUCAGGAGCGCAGUCGUUCUACGAGCUGUACCGCCGAAGCAGCAUCGGGCUCGCUUUGACAGAUACCCUCGACGACCUGAUCAGCGAAGAGCGCAUCAACCCGCAGCUGGCGAUGAAAAUCCUCGGCAACUUUGACCAGGCCAUCACAGAAGCGCUGCAGAAGAACGUCAAGAGCAGGCUGCAAUUUAAGGGGAGCCUCGAUACCUACAGAUUCUGCGACGAGGUGUGGACCUUCUUGAUCAAGAACGUCACCUUCAAGAUGGACAACGGCAGCCAAUCCGUCCAAGCGGACAAGGUCAAGAUUGUAAGCUGCAACGCCAAGAAACCUGGCGAGGGGGCGUAG